AUGAACGACGAAAAAGAACCCAACGAGUUCCAAAUUCACAACUCGAACGUCUCCAUUAACACACUACCGGCCUGUACGCGGUCCCAGCUCACUCGUUUCAAUGGAGUAGAUAGACCGCAGCUUUACGUGGCCAUUAGAGGAUACAUAUAUGAUGUCUCAAGUAACGUGGAUAACUACGGCGUAGGUAAGGGCUACCACAAAUUGGUGGGCAAGGAUGUGAGCCGAUUGUUGGGAUUGAACAAACUAAGCGUUCUGCCGGAAGAAAAGGACGGAAAGCCCGAUUGGGAGACGUCAUGGGACACGAGUGGUUUGACUGAGCAACAGCAAGAAACUGUUGAUAAAUGGGUGUUGUUUUUUCAAGCCCGGUAUAAGAUCGUUGGGGUGGUAGUCGAUCAUUAUCAGAGCAAGUAA